AUCUGUGGCCGUCAAAGAAAUAUGUCUUUAAUUUCUUCUGUUGUUUUGCCAAUUUUUAAUUCGAUCCGUGGGAGAGACGUGAACUCUCUCCAACUCCCUCCCCCGUCGCCCUACCGUAAAAACAAUAGAAAUGCGAUUUGCCGGAAUUUGAGGGCGAGGAAUCGGGGCGCAGAAACAACAACUGUCGCUUUGCGUUGAGAUCCAUUGGAGACCCACCGGCCGAUCAUUGAAUUGAUUGGGCGACAGCUGCGGCUGCGGUUUUCAGUUCACGUCCGUUUGAUUUUCGCCAGUAGCCAGUCGCAAUCCUCCCGCCGCCCACUCCACCCACACGACCCAUCCAAAUGAUAAUGAUGAUGACGAUAAUCAUUACAAAAAAGAGAGAGAAAAUCGUGCGGGACCGGUCGAGUCAUUUGAAUCGAAUGUGACGCACCACGACGUUUUGGCCCGGCCAACUAAAAAUAAUCCUUCUCUCCCCAGUCGUUGUCGUUAAGACCCGACCCGUGGUCCCCUCCCAUUUUCCUUUUGCUUCCUUCCUUUUUCCUCUCAUUUCUCUCCUGUUCCUCCCUCCCGCCCGCCCGCCCGUCCGUCCGUUUUUUCUCUUCUUGUUUGUCCGUUCUGCUCCGUCUCGCAAUGAUAAAACCUUACAAUGUUGUUACAAUUUUUCUCUCUCUCUGCGUGCCCGCGUCGUCGCCCUCCCCGUGUUUUGGUUGUCUCGGCUCUUUCGGCACUCACCACCCACAAGAAACGGACGGACACGCAGUGCCCGGCUUAAGAGGGGACUUUGGCCCGCUGUUGUUGUUGAAAGGCUUCGAAAGAGUCAAGGCUCCCCACUUCUGACUUAAACGCAGCACUCCUCUUCCAUUCCUCCUCCCCCCCUCUCUCCGUCUUGUUUCUUAUUUCUCCCGGAAGGAUGGAAUGGAAUGGCCGGCUCGGAUUUCUGUUUUUCUUUUGCACGCGGCCAAAACAAAACAGACACACACACACAAAAAAAGAUGAGUCUUUUUUUUCUCUCUCCUUCCUUCCUUAUUCUCCUUCUCCUCCUACCUCCCUCCUCCCGUCCUUUGCUCCAUCGCCUAGCCGGCCAAUGCACCCCCGCCAUCUCGAUGACUAAAAUUAAACUUUCGUUCCGUCGACUCUCUCCCAUCAACUCGGCUCGGGCUCCUCCGUUCCCCUGCGCGUUCUUUUUCCUCCUCCUUCCAGUUGCGAGUUUGAUCGCUUCCAGUGUCGUCUCGUCCGCCGCUCCGUCUUCCUCACUUCUUGCAACCGUGUGUCCUUCUCUCUGUGCGCCCUGGGCAAAUACGGGAGGGAUCAGCUCUGCUGGGAUUUUUUUCUUUUCCUCCCGUUUUGAUUGAGUUGAUGAAGAGUUGGGCUGCCAGUUAGUCCGGCGACGUUAGCACAAUGACGGAUCGUCAUUGCAGCGUGUCCAUCAACGCUUACAUGACUCUGCCCAGACUGGGGCAGAUGGUCCAGUCGACCAGUAACGGCAAUGUCCAAGCCAAUGGCAUUCGCUUUGAAUAUUCGUGGAGUAACAGCGUCCCGGAUUUGUCGCCGACGCCCAAUCGACGCUCGGCUUCCACGGCUCGUGCCUACCAUCCGCCACCGAUGGAUGCGGAUGCCAACGCCUUUCGGUGCAGCCAUCGCAAGAAUUCGUCGUCGGGUUAUGGCAGUGGCGAGACUCCGGCGCCGGUCAUGGCGGCCACUCUGACCUUUUCCCAUCCGGCCGGAUCGUCCAGUUCCGUCAGCGGAGACAGCGGCCGCAGAGCGACGCAGCCGUACGAGCGGAGGUGCAGGAGCACUUGCAGCAUCACACUGCAGACCAAUCAGGAGAAUCCUGUCGAAUCGAACCAGACGGCUCAGGAGGCUGGAAGUUAUCCGCUUUAUCCGCAUCAUUUCAGACGUUGCUCGGAAGGCGAAACAUGGAACAGCCACACCAAAAUGCCUCCGCUCUCAGUGCCGCCUCCAGUUCAGUCUCCCUGUCCCGUUCUCUCGCCCCUGCCCGCCUCUCCCGUCACCUCUUCAACUCCAGUGGACAAGGUGAAAAGAAGGAAAGACGGAAAGAAAGGAAAAGGACGCGAGAGGCCGCGAACGGUCCACAUUGACGUUUACUGCACGGCCUCCGAGUCGGAAACGGAAACUUGUCUGGAGGAAAGCGACGAAUCGAACGAAUCGAAUACUUCGACUGGGCAGACGGUCUUGAGGGCUGACCAGCCUGGCACCAGAGUCCGCCACAUUCGCAAGAAGACGAGUCUGCCCAAUGGCUUGACCGCGACAAAGGGAUGCGCUCCGGGUCUGAAACCGGUGCUGAGCUACCGGAUCAGCACCAAAGAGCUGGCCGAGGCCGUUGAGCGCAAACGCGUGUCGUCCAAGACGACGGACGCCAGCUCGGACCUGCUGGAUGACGAGCUCUUCCGCAAUUUGACGUUGACGGAUUCGUCGGUCGUUUCCCUGCUGGCCGAUUCCGAGCCAGAAUCCUCCGACACGCGAUUCAGCGAAGAUUCCUACCUGGACGCGAAAGAAUCGGACAAAACUUGGCGAUCGCCGGAGAAGGAACGAAAGCGCAAGAUGCUGGAGCAGCGGAAGCAGCAGUGGCGUGCGGCCAAAUCUGCGGAGCAAUGCGAAGAAUCCGCUCGAUUCGCUUCCAGGGCCAUGCCUACCCGGCCGCCUUCGUCACCUGACAACACUUUGCUGGGCCCUGCAGCCUACGAUUUGCGGGAGAAAUUCAAGAUGCUGGGCCAUUCCGGCAGCGGCGGCAGCUCGGACAAGGUUUCCAGAUGCAAUUCUCAGCGAUGUCCCGUUCUAGACAAAAGUCAUCCAUCUGCUUCUCGGGAAUUUAGCGCUUCCAGUCAAUCACCGCGCCCGGAAUCAGUUCACAUUUCGAGUCCCAGUCCCAGCUACUGCAGCAGCGUCAUGGGCAGUAGCAUCGUGACGGAUAGCAACAGUUCGACCGACGUUCCAGUCGACCAACUGGCAGUUCCCACCCAAUUCGAAAUGCCUUGGCAGUGGCGCAUCCAGCAACCGACCAGUCCCGUCAGAUCCCCCAUUAGUGCGGCACCCUCUAAUUGGACGCUGAAAAAAUUCGGCCGUCACGUCGGACCGGCUCGCAAUCCCGACUGCAGUUGCGCUCACUGCCUGGACCAUUUCGCCCGCCUGCGUUCAAUCCCCAAGAGCGGAGGAAUGAUCCGUUCAUAACGAAAUGAGGGCGGGAAAAAAAAGAUUACGGAUAGAAGAUGAAGAAGAAGAAGAAAAUAAAAACAGUUUCUAACAUUCCCCUACCCGACUCUCACCCUCCCCAUCCCUUCAUCCGGUGAUUCUUGGGGCGUUUCGUUGCCGGAAUUUUUUUUUUUU